AUGGAGAUUAUGGAGAAAAAUGUGGUUUGGGAAGAGCUGAGGCAUGACUAUGCAGUUUUUAUGAAGGAAUUGGGAGUUUUGAGGUCUAUUGCUCAUGGAACAAGUCAGGGAACAUAUUUUUUGUUGAAGGAGGCUUUGGUAAGUUUCAAGAGAGCAUGCGAGUUGCAGUCACUUGAUGUCAGUCCGCAUUUUAGUACAGGGAAAUGUUUGGUUUUGAAGCUUUUGGGUAGUGCUCUUUUCGAUGUGGGUGAGUAUGAGGCAGCCAUUAAGGCCUUAGAUGAAGCUAUUUUUUAUAUGAAGAAUGGUUAUGCUGAUGAACAAUGUGAUUUGGCUUCUGCUUUGCAAGCUGUGGGUGAUGAUGAUAAUGCAAUUAGGAGUUGUCUGGGAGCAUGUUUACUUGAUUUUUGUAUCAUUGAAGAUGAAGUCCAGCGGCCAAUGUUGACUGAAUGUGUCACAUGUGGAGCCCACCUUUAG